AUGGCGACAAUUGAUAAGUCUUGGACCAAAAUCAGAAAUCGUGGUUGCCAUGAAUUUUGGAAUGGUUUACAAGCCUUUUUAGCAAUGGCAUCAGAACAUAAGGAUUGUGAUGGAAGAAUUCGAUGUCCUUGUGUGAGAUGUAUAAAUAGUAGGUUUGAAAAAAUAGAUAGGGUUAGAGCACACGUGUUUGAUCGAGGUUUCAUGCAAGGAUAUGAUACGUGGAUUUAUCACGGCGAGCCUGAGGAUGUUGUCGAUGAUGUAGCAGUUGCAGAUAUUGAAUCAGAGGAUGAAAUGAUACCUAUUCUAGAAGACUUCUUUCCCCCAACAACAGAGGAUGUACAAGGAGAAGAUGAACAACCAACCACAAACCCUCAGUUUGAUGACUUAUUUGAGGAAAUUGAAGCUGAGUUGUAUCCCGGUUGUGAUUGGAUUUCGUCUCUAAACUUUUUAGCAAAGCUAUUGCAUUUAAAAGUUAGGGGAAAAAUUCCUAAUAACAUCUUUGAAGAAUUAUUGAAGCUUUUAAAGUUUGCGUUUCCGAAGGAAAAUAAUAUUCCAUCAACUUACUACGAGGCAAAAAAGAGAUUGAAGAAAUUAGGCUUGGGUUAUGAUAAUAUCGAUGUCUGUUUGUAUAAUUGUUGCUUAUUUUAUAAGGAGAAUGCAUCCAAGGAGGCUUGUCCAGUUUGCGGAACUAGUCGUUGGGUUACUUCCGAGAACGGGAAAGGAAAAAAAGUUCCUUGCAAAGUCAUGCGAUACUUUCCGUUGACACCUCGACUUAAAAGAUUAUAUAGUUCGAGGAUUACAGCGAAAAGCAUGAUAUGGCAUCAUACUGGAAAAUCAAAAGAUGAUGGGGUGUUGCGACACCCGGUCGAUGGUUUAGCUUGGAAAGACUUUGAUGCAAAACAUCCCGAGUUUGCAAGGGACCCAAGAAAUGUUCGACUUGGGUUAGCUGCUGAUGGAUUUAAUCCAUUUGGCAACAUGAGUCUUGCAUACAGCAUGUGGCCAGUGGUGGUAGCUAACUAUAAUCUACCACCUUGGUUAUGUAUGAAAGAUAAUUAUUUUUUGCUAUCUACCUUAAUUCCUGGUGCAAAAUCUCCAGGUAAAGACAUGGAUAUAUUUUUAAGACCUUUGGUGGAUGAAUUAAAGGAGUUGUGGAAUAAUGGGGUAGCAACGAGAGAUAGUUCGACCAACUCGAUGUUCACAAUGCGUGCUGCGCUUUUGUGGACAGUGAAUGAUUUUCCUGCUCGUAGUAGUUUGUCUGGGUGGAGUGGUCAAGGUUAUAAAGCUUGCCCUACUUGUAAUGAAGACACGACGUCCAUUCGAGUGAUCGGGAAGACAUCAUAUGUUGGGCAUCGAAGGUUCUUGCCAAGUAACCAUGCAAUGAGAAGGGAUACUCGAUUUGAUGGUAAAGCUGAAAGAAGACCUCCUCCACGACGAUUUACUUGUGAAGAAAUAUUAUCACAAGUUAAUGCUCUCGAACCCCAAAUUCCCGGACAUCAUGAAAAUUUUGGGGGCGUGAAACGUAGAAGAGUUGCAGAAAAUUAUAAUUGGAGGAAAAAAAAGUAUUUUCUACGAGUUGGAGUAUUGGAGCACGAAUAUUUUAAAACACAACAUUGA